UUGAAGAUGUCAGCAGAUAUACCACUAAAUAUUAAUAUCAAGGAGCCCCGAUGGGAUCAGAGCACUUUUGUUGGACGAGCCAGUCACUUCUUUACUGUAACAGACCCCCGGAAUAUUUUGUUGUCUGAUGCUCAGCUGGAAAAUGCAAGAAAAAUUGUGCAUGAUUACAGACAAGGUAUUGUGGCACCUGGCUUGACAGAAGAUGACUUAUGGAGAGCAAAAUAUAUCUAUGAUUCAGCCUUUCACCCAGACACUGGUGAAAAGAUGGUCUUGAUUGGCCGAAUGUCAGCUCAGGUACCCAUGAACAUGACUAUCACAGGUUGUAUGAUGACCUUUUAUAGAACGACACCAGCGGUGGUUUUCUGGCAGUGGAUUAACCAGUCCUUCAACGCUAUAGUAAAUUACACAAACAGGAGCGGUGAUGCCCCAAUUACUGUCAGCCAGCUGGGAACAGCCUAUGUUUCUGCUACCACGGGUGCUGUCGCAACAGCUUUAGGACUUAAUGCACUAACAAAGCAUGUCUCACCUCUUAUAGGACGGUUUGUUCCUUUUGCUGCUGUUGCUGCUGCUAACUGCAUUAAUAUUCCACUAAUGAGACAAAGGGAACUCAAGUUUGGAAUCCCCGUCACAGAUGAAAAUGGAAACAGACUGGGUGAAUCAACAAAAGCAGCUCAGCAGGCAAUUACCCAGGUGGUUAUAUCAAGGAUUCUUAUGGCUGCUCCUGGCAUGGCAAUUCCGCCAUUCAUAAUGAAUACAUUGGAAAAGAGAGCCUUUUUAAAGAGAUUUCCUUGGAUGAGUGCUCCCAUUCAAGUUGGAUUAGUCGGAUUCUGUCUCGUGUUUGCAACACCCCUGUGUUGUGCACUGUUUCCUCAAAAAAGUUCUAUGUCUGUAACACGCUUGGAGCCAGAAUUGCAAGCCAAGAUCCAAGAGAACAGCCCUGAACUAGAACGUGUAUACUUUAAUAAAGGAUUAUAAUUCAAGGAAGGGAAAACAUCUUUCAAGGAGGAUCUUGUGAACUUAUUUUUGAAUUAUGUGCCAACACAGUUGAAGAUGAGAACUCACUUUUAACUUGUCUUUUUGUUCAACAACUUUGAUCAUCCGCAUUAUUUUAUAUUUAAAGACUUUUCUUGUUGUAGUGUUUAAAUUACAAAAGGUCAUUUUGUCCACUUUGGUAUCAAUUAAAAGUUUAACCAUACAUAUCAAAAAAUCUUUACAUAAGCUCUCAAGCAGCUACAAUAACAAUAAACAAGC